AUGACGGUUUCCAAAGUUAGUAGCCCAGCCAGUCCCCUUCCACCUCCUGCUAUGUCGUGGCGUCAACGGUCUUCUCAACAGUUGCAGUCGAAGGUCUCCUCGCUAUGCGCCUUUUUCCAGAUUCCACCUAUGCCUGGAUUUGAUCUAGGUGCUUUCACUCAUGGAGUUCAUAUGUUCCUUCAAAUGAUGUUUGUUAGUCUGGUGCUUCUUGUUGCUGGUCGAUUGAUUUGGGAAGAAGCUCUGUUUCGGCAGGCGUCUUCCUUCAAGGAAGCCGUACGGCCCCUUCUGGUCUUUCUGGGGAUUUUGCGCGGUUCGACUACCAUUCGUGCGAUCUGGCGUGCCUUUUGGGACACAUUGUUGGGUUGA